AUGGUCCCAACCGAGUUCGCGCCAUCUGCGCUUCGCCCGCCGCCGCAUAUGAACAGCUCUCACCCAGAUGGUAGAAUGAACGAGGUCCACUCUGUCGACUGGGAUACUAACAUGACGGCUCCAUGUCUUAUGCCCGAGAUCAAAGUACGCGCUGGCCCUCAGCCGACACGGCAGUCCAUGAUGCAUCCGCAGCCGGUUCAAAUCAGGGAUGACAUGUCCGACUCUGGAAGCAGCAAUAUUAGCAGACCAGGUCUUUCGUUCCCCAUGCCGGCUCUGGAAUUCGACUUCCGCAUCGCUGUAGCUUUGAAUCCAGAGCCGUCGAAGGUGGAAAACAAGGUCAAGAAAGAAAUCACCACCGUCGCUGCCGGGCAGUGGUCUGGCUCGUUUGCUGGGCUGGCUGGCGGCUAUGAUCUGGGUCAAGCCAGAGGCUUUAGACCUAUCCGCAUUGUCGAAGGCGCCUUUGUCAUGCAAACGACCGAUCAGCCACCCGCCAUUCUCGAGAUGCGAACCCGAGGCUCACUCUCGGGACCCUGCGACAUCUUGGACUCGCUUCUUGGGCCCGGCCAGUCCAAGGAUAUUGAUCCUCGCCAAUACGGUUUUCGCAUGUUUGCCACAGUCAAGACGCCCGACAAGCGUUAUGCAGAGAUUGUCAACUGUGGCUUGUGGGUAGCCAGCGGUAUGUGGUCUGGUGAGGAGCUCAUCAUCGACGCCUACAGAGUGACUUGA